CGCUGCUGUAAAAUGGAGAAGUUAUGUUGAAGCGCAACCGAGGUUUUGCACAUGAAAAAUGCCGUUAAGUUGGAAUUGCCAAAUCGUAUACUGAACAGAGUGUAGAAAUUAGUAACCAUGAAGGUUGACAGAAGCAAAUUGAAGAAGACCCCAACUGAAGCGCCUGCCGACUGCAGGACUCUCAUAGAGAAGUUGAAGGGAUGCAGCGAUGAACAACUGUUACUGGAACUCCAGCAAAUCAAGACCUGGAACAUCGGAAAGUGUGAACUGUAUCAUUGGGUGGACCUGCUGGACCGCUUUGAUGGCAUCCUCUGUGAUGCGGGACAGACAGUGGAGAACAUGUCGUGGUUGUUGGUUUGUGACCGGCCAGAGAAUGGGCAACUAAAAGCCUUAUUGCUGGCGGUGCUCAACUUCACCGCACUGUUAAUUGAAUACAGUUUUUCAAGGCACCUGUACAGCUCUAUAGAGCACUUGACCACCCUUCUAGCAUCAUGUGACAUGCAGGUGGUUCUGUCUGUGUUGAAUCUUCUGUAUGUAUUCAGCAAACGUUCCAACUACAUUACCAGACUGGGCUCCGAUAAGAGAAGCCCAUUGCUUGCCCGUCUACAACAUCUGGCUGAGAGCUGGGGUGGGAAGGAGAAUGGCUUUGGUCUUGCUGAGUGCUGCAGAGAUCUGCCGAUGUCGAAAUAUCCACCAAGUGCCACAACACUGCACUUUGAGUUCUAUGCAGAACCCGGGUCAGAGGUCAAAGUGGAAAAGAAGUCGAGCAGCAAUACGCUACACUACAUUCAUAUCGAACAACUUGAUAAGAUUUCAGAGAGUCCAUCAGAGAUCAUGGAGUCUCUGACGGCCAUGUACAACAUCCCUAAAGACAAACAAAUAUUGCUUUUCACGCACAUUCGCCUGGCUCAUGGCUUCUCCAACCACAAGAGGAGGCUGCAGGCAGUGCAAGCCAGGCUGCAUGCCAUCUCCAUACUCGUGUACUCCAAUGCCCUCCAGGAGUCGGCUAACAGCAUACUGUACAAUGGGCUUAUAGAAGAGCUAGUAGAUGUGCUUCAGAUCACAGACAAACAGCUAGUGGACAUCAAAGCUGCCUCUUUGCGCACUUUGACCUCCAUAGUCCACCUGGAACGAACCCCCAAACUCUCCAACAUAAUCGACUGCACAGGAACAGCCUCCUACCAUGGAUUUCUACCUGUGCUCGUCCGCAACUGCAUACAGGCUAUGAUUGACCCACUGAUGGAACCGUACCCACAUCAAUUUGCCACAGCCCUUUUCUCCUUUCUUUAUCACCUGGCCAGUUAUGAUGCAGGUGGUGAGGCCUUAGUAUCUUGUGGCAUGAUGGAAGCUUUGCUUAAGGUGAUCAAGUUCCUUGGAGACGAGCAGGACCAGAUAACCUUUGUGACACGGGCAGUGAGAGUUGUGGAUCUCAUCACCAAUCUGGACAUGGCUGCUUUUCAGUCCCAUGGCGGCCUCUCAAUCUUUAUCAGCAGGCUGGAGCAUGAAGUUGACCUCUCCAGAAAAGAGUGCCCUUUUGUAAUCAAACCAAAGAUCCAGAGGCCUAGCACAACUUCUGAGGCAGAGGAUAUGGACACUGACAUGGACAUGUCAGAGGUUGCCAUGGAGAGCAGUCCUGGCCCUUCCACUUCCUCUGGUUCCAGAACAGAGACAGACUCCCGAGCACAGAGCAAUACAGCCAGCGCCCCCAGAGCAGGUGUGCAGUGCAUCCCUCAGAGGGCCGCUCUGUUGAAAUCGAUGUUGAACUUCUUGAAAAAAGCCAUCCAGGACCCUGCGUUCUCUGACGGCAUUCGUCAUGUAAUGGACGGUUCCCUGCCUACCUCUCUGAAACACAUUAUCAGUAAUGCAGAGUAUUAUGGACCCUCACUGUUUCUCCUAGCGACAGAAGUGGUGACCGUGUUUGUGUUCCAGGAGCCCUCUUUACUAUCUUCUCUGCAGGACAAUGGUCUCACUGAUGUCAUGCUACACGCAUUGCUCAUCAAAGAUGUCCCUGCCACAAGGGAGGUGCUGGGUUCUCUACCCAAUGUCUUCAGUGCCCUGUGUCUGAAUGCUCGGGGUCUGCACUCCUUUGUGCAGUGUCAGCCCUUCGAGCGGCUGUUCAAGGUCCUUCUCUCGCCAGACUACCUGCCUGCCAUGCGCCGCAGACGCAGCUCUGACCCUCUCGGAGACACUGCCUCCAAUUUGGGAAGUGCUGUUGAUGAGCUAAUGCGGCACCAGCCCACAUUAAAAACAGACGCGACGACAGCCAUCAUCAAGUUGCUGGAGGAGAUUUGCAACUUGGGUAGAUCACCAGAGUACAUCUGCCAGAAACCAUCUAUUCAGAAGGCGGAUGGGACCGUUACUGUGCCUCCAGCUCGCUCAAACCAUGCUGCAGAGGAGGCAUCCAGCGAGGAUGAGGAGGAGGAAGAGGCUCUACAUACCUUUAGCCAACAGCAGGGGGAGCCAGAAAGCAACAGACAAGUGGUGGGCACAGAGGAGCGAAUUCCCAUCCCUCUUAUGGAUUACAUCCUCAAUGUGAUGAAAUUUGUGGAGUCCAUACUAAGUAAUAACACCACAGAUGACCACUGUCAGGAGUUUGUAAAUCAGAAGGGCCUCCUGCCGCUAGUGUCAAUCCUUGGGCUUCCCAACCUGCCCAUAGACUUCCCCACCUCUGCUGCCUGCCAAGCUGUUGCAGGAGUCUGCAAAUCAAUACUGACUUUGUCUCAUGAGCCUAAGGUUCUGCAAGAGGGUUUGUGUCAGUUGGACAGCAUAUUGUCUGCUCUGGAGCCUCUUCAUCGGCCCAUCGAGUUUCCUGGUGGCUCUGUGCUGCUGAGAGAGCUGGCCAAUGCAGGCCAUGUCACCGAUGCCACACUGUCGGCACGUGCCACCCCGCUGCUGCACGCCCUGACGGCGGCACACGCGUACAUCCUAAUGUUUGUCCAUACCUGCAGAGUCGGACAGAGCGAGAUCCGUGCUAUCUCUGUGAACCAGUGGGGUUCUCAGCUGGGUCUUAGUGUUCUUAACAAACUCAGUCAGCUCUACUGCUCUCUAGUGUGGGAGAGCACAGUGCUGCUGUCCCUCUGUACACCAAAUAGUUUGCCUCCUGGCUGUGAGUUUGGUCAGGCUGACAUGCAGAAGCUUGUGCCUAAGGAAGAAAAACCCUCGAGCAGCGCAACCGCAGCUGCCGGCAGAAGAACUGCCCCUUUCUCUCUGCCAGCUGAUACGGAGAGCCUCUCUGUCGGAGUGGAUCCCUCUGCUCAGGGUUUGCUGGAAGGAAUUGGGCUCGAUGGAGACUCCCUUGCUCCCAUGGAAACGGAUGAACCCACAGUCGUUGACCCGAAGGCCAAGUCCAAACUCACACCUGCGAUGGCAACACGUAUCAAGCAAAUCAAACCUUUACUCUCAGCCUCCUCUCGUUUGGGUAGGGCUCUGGCAGAGCUGUUUGGGUUGCUGGUGAAGCUUUGCGUGGGCUCACCUGUACGCCAAAGACGUUCUCACCACACCACCAGCACAGGCACCGCCCCAACACCAGCAGCGCGGUCCACUGCUUCCUCUCUUACUAAACUCCUAACCAAGGGCUUGAGCUGGCAGCCACCUCCAUACACCCCAACCCCACGCUUCAGGUUGACGUUCUUUAUCUGCUCUGUGGGCUUCACCUCCCCCAUGUUGUUUGACGAAAGGAAGUAUCCUUACCAUCUGAUGCUGCAGAAAUUCUUCUGUUCUGGGGGCCAUGAUGCUUUGUUUGAGACAUUUAACUGGGCCCUGUCCAUGGGAGGAAAGUUUUCUGUGUCAGAGGGCCUGGAACACUCAGAGUUGCCUGACGGAACAGGGGAAUUCUUAGAUGCCUGGUUGAUGCUGGUAGAGAAGAUGGUCAACCCCAGCACUGUACUGGACUCUCCACAUUCUUUACCUGCUAAAGUGCCUGGAGCGACCCCUAACGCGCCCCAGUUUAGCGCCUUACGUUUCCUAAUUGUCACCCAAAAGGCUGCAUUCAGUUGUAUCCGUAAUCUGUGGAACCGUAAGCCCUUGAAGGUCUACGGUGGGCGCAUGGCUGAGUCCAUGCUGGCCAUUUUGUGUCACAUUCUGCGAGGAGAGCCCAUCAUCCAGGAACGGCUGUCCAAAGAAAGAGAGGGGACGGCUCGACCUGAUGAGGAGAGCAGCUCCUCGUCAACCCCCGCAGGACCUACUGGGCCUCCGGGAUCAGGGGCAGUCGUUGCAGAGGGAGUGGCUGCAAGUGCUAAUGGGAACGCUGCUGGUAGCUCUGCAGAGGAGGCGACCAACUCUGCAACCCGCAGAGAGCCACAAGUCAACCCGGCUCAGCUCACUCAGCUAACUGACAUGGGCUUCUCCAGAGAACAUGCUACGGAGUCUCUUCUGAACACCAGCACUAUGGAGCAGGCCACUGAGUACUUGCUUACACACCCUCCGCCACUGCUCAGCGCAGCUGUCAGAGAGUUCACCAUGUCUGAAGAAGACCAGAUGAUGCGGGCCAUUGCCAUGUCUCUAGGUCAAGAAGUUAGCAUGGAGCAGCGCUCAGACUCACCUGAGGAAGCAGCUCGUCGACGUGAAGAGGAGGAGAGGAGAGCAAGGGAACGGGUGGAAGAGGAAGAGGCACGUUGUCUGGAACGCUUUCUGGAAGCGGAGCCUCUGGACACCACAGAGCUCCAUUCGUUUACAGACUCUAUGCUACCUGGCUGCUUCCACUUGCUGGAUGAGCUGCCGGAUACCGUCUACCGGCUCUGUGACCUUCUCAUGACCGCUGUUAAAAGAAACGGCCCUGAAUACAGAGACCUCAUCCUCAGACAGGUGGUCAAUCAGGUAUGGGAGGCUGCCGAUGUGUUGAUAAAGGCUGCUGUGCCGCUCACCACCAGUGACACAAAAACAGUGUCUGAGUGGACGAAGCAGAUGGCAACCCUCCCUCAGGCCUCCAACCUAGCCACCCGCAUCCUCCUGCUCACACUGCUCUUUGAGGAGCUGAAACUGUCGUGUGCACGUGUGGUGGAGAAUAGCGGCGUCUUGACUGUGCUGAUCAAGCUGUUGGAGGUGGUACAGCCCUGUUUGCAGGCUGCCAAAGAGCAGAAGGACAUCCAGACGCCCAAAUGGAUCACCCCUGUGCUUCUGCUUAUUGACUUCUAUGAAAAGAUGGCUGUGUCAUCCAAACGUAGAGCCCAGAUGAACAAGUACCUGCAGCCCAAUGGGAAUAACUGGCGGUGGUUUGAUGACCGCUCGGGCCGCUGGUGCAGCUAUAGCGCCAGUAACAACAGCACUAUAGACUCUGCCUGGAGGGCAGGAGAGACGAGCGUCCGGUUCACUGCAGGACGUAGGAGAUACACAGUCCAGUUUAACACCAUGGUGCAGGUGAAUGAGGAGACUGGAAACAGACGGCCAGUAAUGUUAACAGUGCAAAGGGUGCCACGGAUGCCCAAACCCUCUAAAGCUGGAAGUGUUACUGAUACAGAGAGAGAGGAAGGAGAACAGAAAGCCAAGACUGAGGAGACUCAAACAGACACUGACUCCACAUCUGUGGCUGUGGAAAUGGCUCCCCCUAAAGAAGAUCUGGAGCAGAAAGAUUCAGUCACGCCAGCUGCUGCUACUGUUCAGGACCCCUCUGUCUCCAGUGGGAUUGUGGUGCAGGGGCUGACAGAGGAGAUGGUCACCAUCCUGAUCCGUGCCUGUGUCAGCAUGAUCAGUGUUCCUGUGGACCCGGACACUUUGCACGCCACCUUGCGGCUUUGUCUGCGUCUUACGCGCACACACCAUUAUGCUAUGAUGUUUGCUGAGCUUAAGAGCACACGCAUGAUUCUGAACCUCACACAGAGCUCUGGGUUCAAUGGAUUCACGCCGUUGGUCACGCUGCUCUUCCGACACAUCAUAGAAGACCCAGCAACUCUGCGGCACACCAUGGAGAAGGUGGUGCGGUCUGCUGUCACCAGUGGGGCAGGAAGUACCACUUCAGGUGUGGUGUCAGGCAGUUUGGGCUCAAGGGAGAUCAACUACAUCCUGCGUGUCCUCGGUCCAGCUGCGUGCCGCAACCCAGAGUGCUUUACAGAAACUGCCAAGAGCUGCAUCCGUAUUGCUCUACCAGCCCCAAGAGGUGCUGGGACCGCCUCAGAUGAUGAGUUUGAGAACUUCAGAAUUAAGGGUCCAAACGCUGUCCAGUUAGUGAAGACCACACCCCUGAAACUGUCCCCGCUGCCCACCAUUCCAGAGACCAUUAAAGAAGUCAUCUAUGAUAUGCUUAAUGCCCUAGCAGCAUAUCAUGCUCCAGAAGAAGCAGAAAAAGGAGAGGAGCGUGCGGCAACAGUACCAGUGGGUCAAGACCUGUGUCAGAUCCUGCAGGAUGUUGGCGAUGAUGUCUACCAGCAGUACAGACUCACUAGACAGGGCAGUGACUUUGACUCGCAGUCUGCCUUCCACAUAAAUACUCAGGUGUUUGCCGCAGAUGGUGCUGUUGCAGAAUCCUCCCAGUCCGGAACUCCUCAAGGAGAAGCCUCCACGCCUGAGGAAAUGCGUGAAGAGAAAAAGGAGCAGGAGGGAGACAAGGGAGCUUCUUCAGAGGAGAGCCGUGCUGCUAAAGCAAAGGCCAGCAAGCCCCUGAUGCCAACCUCUACCAUCUUGAGACUGCUUGCAGAGCUGGUACGGUCCUAUGUGGGAAUCGCAACGCUCAUCACUUCCUACAACUACACGGCUGGCCAGUCUGAACUCAUUAAGGAGGAUUGCAGUGUGCUUGCGUUCGUUUUGGAUCACUUGCUCCCACACACCCAGAACUCUGAGGACAAGGACACACCUGCACUCGCACGUCUGUUUUUGGCCAGCCUUGCUGCUGCUGGCACGGGCACUGAGGCCCAGGCCGCUCUGGUCAAUGAGGUCAAAGCUGCUCUGAGUAGGGCACUGGGCAUGGCAGAGGGCACAGAGAAACAUGCUCGCUUGCAAGCAGUCAUGUGCAUCAUCAGCACCAUUAUGGAGUCGUGUCCUUCAACCUCCAGCUUCUACAGCACAGCCACAGCUAAGACCCAGCACAACGGCAUGAAUAACAUCAUCCGCCUCUUCCUCAAGAAAGGCCUUGUCAAUGACCUUGCCCGUGUGCCUCAUAGUCUGGAUCUAUCUAGUCCCAACAUGGCAAAUACCGUAAAUGCUGCUCUUAAGCCUUUGGAAACUCUGUCUCGAAUCGUGAACCAGCCUAGCAGCCUGUUUGGAGGCAAAGGGGCAUCUAGCAAGAACAAGACCGAGCAUGACACUGUUGGCACAGUCAGGGACAGUAACAGCAACACCCAGGAUCAAGGAGAGGCAGGUGAGGCUGAGCCAGUAGGUAACCGUGACCGUGGUCAAGCCACAGAUGGGGACCUGAUGGAUGGUGAAGCCGAAGGAGACACUGUGGUGAUCGCUGGGCAGCCCGAGGUGUUGAGCACUCAGGCCAUGCAGGUGGAGAAUGAGUUGGUGGAUUUGAUAGAUGAACUUUUGGAGAGGGACGCAGGCACUGUCAAUAGCACCAUCAUUGUGGGACGUUCUGGCGAGGACGAAUCUCAGGAGGACGUGCUGAUGGAUGAAGCUCCUUCCAAUAUGAGUCAAGCCUCCACUCUGCAGGCCAAUAGAGAAGACUCUAUGAACAUUCUAGAGCCAGAGGAUGAAGAGCACACACAAGAGGAAGACUCCAGCGGCAGUAACGAGGAUGAGGACAGUCAGGAUGAAGAGGAGGAGGAGGAGGAAGAAGAGGAGGAGGAUCAGGAUGACGAAGAGGGCGAUGAGGAUGAUGAUGAUGAGGGCUCAGAAAUGGAGUUGGAUGAAGAUUUUCCUGAUAUCAAUGCGGCCCCACACAUUCGUUUUGAAAGAUUUGACCGCGACGAUGACCUCAUCAUAGAGUUCGAUAACAUGUUCUCAACAUCAGCAGACAUCCCUCCGUCACCAGGAAACAUACCCAGUUCUCAUCCUCUGAUGGUGCGUCACGCUGACCACGGCUCUCUGACUCUAGGAGGAUCAAGCACCAGCAGCAGAUUGGCUCAGGGCAUGGGCCGCAGCCAACGAUCUCUCCGCCAGCUCACAGCCAACACAGGACACACCAUCCACGUACAUUACCCUGGAAACCGCCAACCCAACCCUCCGCUCAUCCUGCAGAGAUUAUUGGGCCCUAGUGCUGCGGCUGAUAUCCUACAGCUAUCUAGCUCUCUGCCCCUGCAGUCCAGAGGACGUGCCCGUCUUCUGGUGGGCAAUGAGGACGUGCACAUUAUCGCCCGUUCAGACGACGAACUGCUGGACGACUUCUUUCAUGAGCAGAGCAGCACUGGAGGACAAGCCGGCACCCUUUCCAGUAUACCAACAGCCUUAACUAGAUGGACUGAUGAGUGUAAAGUACUGGAUGCUGAGAGCAUGCAUGACUGUGUGGCGGUGGUAAAGGUGCCCAUCCUGCAACACUUGGAGAGUUUGCGCGAUGAGGAGCUAGAAGAACGGAGGGAGAAGAGGCGGAGACAGUUGGCUGCAGAGGAGGAGACAGCCAAACAGAAUGAGACUUCUUCAACAGGCGAGGAGACCCAGGAGCAGAGUCUGCAGGGCUCAGCGAUUGGAACGGUCAAUGGCGUGGGCCAAAACACAGCAGAAGGAGAACAAGCCCAGGGUGGGGUGUCCUCCUGUCUGGACCCUCCUCGCACCUCUGAGGGUUUCCUCACAGCGCCCCCUUCAGGUGAAGUCACCCCAACCACCCCUGCACUCCACGAGCAGGCCCUUGUGUCUCUGGAGACCGCUAUCAGUCAGCAGGUGCACCAGCCAAUCGCAGAGCUGCUUCUGGCUGACUCCAAUCCUGAUUCUCAGGGGGCCUUGGCAGGGGCUAGGCUUCCUCAGCUCUCUGCACCCGAUAGGCCGAAUUGUGAGGCAGAAGCAUCUCAGAUGGAGAUGUCACCUGCACCCACUAUUGGUGAGAGAGCAGGAGGAGGAGCAUUGGAUGCAGUCAGGGAAGCUUCUCUCAGUCCAGAUAUUGCUGAGAGCUCCGAGCCUGUGCCAGUGGGUGUAUCUCAGCUUGAGGGUUCGCCCAUGGAUACGAGCAGUCCUGCCUCAGGAACGCAGGAAGAGCCAGCUGCCAGCUCAGCCCCACCAAAUCACAUGUCUCAGGAACUGUCAGUAAGUGGUGACAGCGGGCUCACAGACAGGCAGACAGAUGCAGAAACAGGCUCAACGUCUGUUUCUUCUCCUGGUGAAACCAUGCCUCGAAGUGACAGUGCAGAUAGCCAAUCACAAGCCAUACAAGAGGAGCCCCUCCCAUCCACCAGCAAUGAGGAGGAAGACCCUCUGGCAGGUAUUAACCUACCAGAAGGUGUGGACCCUUCUUUCCUGGCUGCACUGCCCGAGGACAUCCGCCGAGAGGUUCUGCAGAACCAGCUUGGGAUUAGACCCCCUUCUCGCCCUCCUGUGGUCUCCUCACUCCCAUCUGCAGCUGCUGCUCUGCUGGGUGCUGGGCUGGGUGUGACGGAGGUCAGCCCAGAGUUCCUGGCCGCUUUACCACCUGCAAUUCAGGAGGAGGUCUUGGCCCAGCAGCGUGCGGAGCAGCAGAGGCGUGAGUUAUCCCAGCAACCCACUCAGGGCGAUCAACCUCUGGACCCCGUUACGUUCAUCCAGACCCUGCCCUCUGAGCUGCGUCGAUCGGUGUUGGAGGACAUGGAAGACAGUGUGUUGGCGGUCAUGCCCCCAGACAUCGCAGCAGAGGCUGCAGCAUUGCGCAGAGAACAGGAAGCCAGGCAGAGACAGCUGAUGCACGAAAGGUUGUUUGGACACAGUUCCUCUUCAGCCCUGUCCGCCAUUCUACGCUCCCCUGCCUUUACCAGCCGACUGGGUGGCAACCGUGGGGUACAGUACACACGACUGGCCGUGCAAAGAGGAGGGACGUUUCAAGUAGGAGGAAGCGCAAACCACAGCCGCCCUUCUAGUUCUAAUGUCGAUUCGCUCCUGCGCCUCCGGGGACGUCUCCUACUGGACCACGAGGCACUGUCUUGCCUACUAGUGCUGCUGUUUGUGGACGAGCCCAAGCUGAACACCAGCCGUCUCCACAGAGUGCUGCGUAACUUGUGCUACCACUCACAGACACGUGGCUGGGUUAUUCGCAGUCUCUUGUCAAUCCUGCAGCGCAGCAGCGAGAGCGAGCUCUGCUUGGAGACCACACGUAUAGAAGAGUCCCGUGGCAAACGUUCAUUAGCCCAGGGCUCUUCUGGUGGUGGAAAAGGCUCCUCUUCGUCCCCGCAGGCAAGUGUAGCAUCAUCCUCAUCUUCCUCUCUAGAGCUGUUGAACAGAGUGGAAUCGCGCAGCUCCAGUCAGCUCUCCUGGCUGUCUGUAUCCAUGGAUGCAGCUCUGGGAUGCAGGACCAACAUCUUUCAGAUCCAACGAGCGUCGGGCAGGAAGCAUGCGGAGAGACAUUCAACGGGAGGAGGGAUGGGCUCGGGAGGGCUCGGAAGUGGAGUUUCUGGAGCAGGAGUGGCCUGUUCUGGGGCAGGAGGUGGAUCAACGGUUCACAUCCACCCACAGGCAGCUCCUGUUGUCUGUCGACAUGUACUGGACACCCUUAUACAACUAGCCAAGGUGUUCCCUAGUCACUUCACUCAGCAGCGCUGUAAGGACCUGCUGUCUUCUUUGUCAUCCGAAUUGGAUCCACGUCUCUGUGGCAGUUUGACGCAGAUUGCCAGCGGAAGCCUUCGAUCAGGCAGCACCAGCCAGAGCAAUUCCUUAGCCAACCUUAGCAAUCCCUCUUCUACCCACAAUUCCCUUAGCUCCUGCUCAGGAUCCCCACAGUCCCUGGGCAUCUCCACUGACUUCUGGGAUCUCCUGGUCAAGCUGGACAACAUGAAUGUGAGCCGUAAGGGCAAGGCCUCCAUGAAGACUGUCCCUCUAGGAGGUGCUGGUGAGACAGAAGGGGCACUGUUUAGCCUUGAGGUGUCUCCCUUGGGGCAGCUGAUGAACAUGCUGUCCCACCCUGUGAUCCGUCGUAGCUCGCUCCUCACGGAGAAACUUCUCCGAUUGCUUUCUCUUAUCUCCAUCGCUCUGCCUGACAACAAGGCCACAGAGGUUCCAGCCAGCCACCCAGUGCCUCAGGCCCCAACUGCCACCCCCGCUGCCCCUGCCACCCAAGCCACAGCAGGGUCAACCGCCAUCUCAGCGGCACCUGUUACACAGAGCUCCAUGCUAUCGGUGCCCUCUCAACCAGUCACUACAGCAGCUGCUGUUGCAGGGAGCACCGCCGCAUCUAGCAGUAUUGCUGCAGGGAAACAGAAACCAGUAGUUAGCAGCACGGACAACGACACCAAACUGGCCUCAACUGGACUUACCGAGAAACAGCUGCAGCUCUCUGUGGAGGUGCUGACAUCCCACUCGUGUUCAGAGGAAGGUCUGGAGGACGCGGCCAACAUCUUGCUGCAGCUGUCAAGAGGAGACGGUCAGACUCGGGAUACAGUCCUUAAACUGCUUCUCAGCGGGGCACGUCACCUCGGAUACACCCUUUGCAAACAAAUUGGCACUUUACUGGCAGAAUUGAGGGAGUAUAACCUGGCGCAACAAAGAAGAGCACGUGCUGAUGCUCAGUCUCCUGAAGCGUCACAUGAGGACCCAUCCCUUACCACACGGCUCAGGGACAAGAUGACCAGCAGGUUUGAUGGCUCUGAGAGUGUAGUGAUUGUGGCUGCUCAGAAGCGCACGCUAGGCGGCCGCGAGCUGCAGCUACCCUGCAUGAGCUCGCUCACGUCCAAGACCUCCACGCAGAAGUUCUUCCUGCGUGUGCUGCAGGUCAUCAUCCAGCUUAGGGAGGACACACGGCGCGCUAACAAGAAAGCCAAGCAGACAGGAGGAAGACUGAGUUCAACCAGUUUGGGGUCAGCCAGCAGUAUCCAGGCUGCGGUCCGUCAGCUAGAGGCUGAAGCAGACGCCAUCAUUCAGAUGUCGGAGGUGCACUCUGUUGCCGAGCCCCCAGCAGCCCAAAGGGAUGAUUCGCCCAUGGAUGUGGACCAGCCCUCACCCUUGGCACAGGACCAGGCCGCGCUAGGUGAAGAGAGCAGCACUCAACCGGAACAGGAAGAACGUUUGCCUGACCUGCCACUAUUGAGCGAGCAGCUAUUAUUGGAUGAGCUCUGGGACAUGCAGGGAGAGUGCUUAAAGGAACUUGAAGAGUCUCACGACCAGCAUGCAGUCUUGGUGCUUCAACCAGCGGUGGAAGCCUUUUUCCUGGUUCACGCAACAGAGCGCGAAAGCAAACCACCAGUUCGAGACACACGGGAGAGUCAGCUGUCACACAUCAAGGACGAGCCUCCUCCGCUGUCCCCGGCCCCUCUCACUCCCGCCACGCCCUCCUCCCUGGACCCCUUCUUCUCUAGAGAGCCCUCCUCCAUGCACAUCUCCUCCAACCUGCCUCCAGACACACAGAAGUUCUUGCGUUUUGCUGAGACCCACCGCACAGUGCUGAAUCAGAUCCUGCGUCAGUCUACCACUCACCUGGCAGAUGGGCCAUUCGCUGUUCUGGUCGACUACAUCCGCAUCUUAGACUUUGAUGUGAAACGCAAGUAUUUCCGCCAGGAGUUGGAGCGUUUGGAUGAGGGGCUGAGGAAAGAGGAUAUGGCAGUUCAUGUAAGAAGAGACCACGUCUUUGAAGACUCUUACAGAGAGCUGCACCGCAAGAGCCCAGAGGACAUGAAGAAUAGACUGUAUAUAGUAUUUGAAGGGGAAGAAGGUCAAGAUGCAGGCGGUCUGUUGAGGGAGUGGUACAUGAUCAUCUCCAGGGAGAUGUUCAACCCCAUGUACGCCCUGUUCCGCACAUCUCCUGGUGACCGAGUCACCUACACCAUCAACCCUUCCUCUCACUGCAACCCCAACCACCUCAGCUACUUUAAGUUUGUGGGACGUGUGGUGGCAAAGGCUGUCUAUGACAACAGGCUUUUAGAGUGCUACUUCACACGCAGCUUCUACAAGCACAUUUUGGGCAAGAGCGUCAGAUAUACAGACAUGGAAAGUGAGGACUAUCCCUUCUUUCAAGGUCUUGUUUACUUGUUGGAGAAUGAUGUGUCUACUCUGGGCUAUGAGCUGACAUUCAGCACAGAGGUCCAGGAGUUUGGCGUGUGUGAAGUGAGGGAUCUGAAGCCCAAUGGUGCCAACAUCGUCGUCACUGAGGAGAACAAGAAGGAAUAUGUGCAUCUAGUCUGCCAGAUGAAGAUGACAGGUGCGAUUCGAAAGCAGCUGGCGGCCUUCCUGGAGGGCUUUUAUGAGAUCAUCCCCAAGCGAUUGAUCUCCAUCUUUACAGAGCAGGAGCUGGAGCUGCUCAUCUCCGGCCUGCCAACUAUUGACAUUGACGACCUCAAGGCCAAUACAGAAUACCACAAAUAUCAGUCCAGCUCUAUCCAGAUUCAGUGGUUCUGGCGCGCGUUACGAUCCUUUGACCAGGCUGACCGGGCCAAAUUCCUGCAGUUUGUUACUGGCACAUCUAAAGUACCUCUGCAGGGCUUCGCUGCUCUGGAGGGAAUGAACGGUAUUCAGAAGUUCCAGAUUCACCGGGAUGAUCGUUCUACUGACCGUCUGCCCUCCGCACACACAUGCUUUAACCAGUUGGACCUCCCAGCGUAUGAGAGCUAUGAGAAGUUAAGACACAUGCUGCUGAUGGCCAUUCAGGAAUGUUCUGAAGGCUUUGGACUGGCCUAGAGAUUCUCCUAAUGCCCCCCCCACACACAAACACGGAUGUAGACUUACAUGUUGUUAACUUAUGACACACACAUGCAUAUUCACACUAUCAAACACAAGGCCAAGAUCUACUUCUAAUCCACAUAAAACAAACAGUUGGACGGCUAGACGAGUGACAGAUUUUGCCUACUACACACAGAGCCUCUCAUGGACACACCGAACUAUAUUUGGUAUGUGUGUCUCAAUUCCUUCUUACAUUACAGAGCCCGAGAGAGGAUUACAGAGGAUAUCUGCGGACUAAUAUAAAGAUUUUCUCCAUUUAGUUUGGUUUCUCUGUACAAAAGGUUUGGGAGUUUAUUAUGUUUAAUCUUUUUUUGUUCUUCUCUGGCUGUUUAAAACGAGAGAUGGCUUUGUGUGUGUAAAAGAGGGUGGUUGCAUCUCUCUGGGAAAGAAAAAAGUUGAUUGUCCUCUGAUGCUAAUGUGUGACCUCACUAGCUUUGCAAAUGGGAACUGUAAUUUUGGGGAGGGGGUGGACGAGGGAGGGACGGAACAUGAAAUGAGGUUUUGGUGAACCUGCAGAAGUGCAUGGAUUUUCAGAAGGGGGUCAUUUUUAGGCAACUUUUGUGGUAUUUUUGGAGAGGAUCACACAGAUUUAAGAAGUGAAGGACUGAGAUGUUAAACCGCAGGGUCUCAGACUUGUGCGGUUAUUGCCCAACUGCUGACGCAGCCUCUCAGCAGUUAAUCCGAAAGUAAAUUGCUACAUAAAUAAAUGCAUAAAAUGAG